UAUGAGCGACUUCUGGCACAAGCUGGGCUGCUGCGUCGUAGAGAAGCCACAGCCCAAGAAGAGGAGGAGACGGAUCGACCGCUCCAUGAUCGGGGAGCCCAUGAACUUCGUCCACCUGACGCACAUCGGCUCUGGCGACAUGGCCGCGGGCGAAGGCCUGCCCAUGACCGGCGCUGUCCAGGAGAUGAGGUCCAAGGGCAGUCGGGAGCGACAGUGGAGCAGCUCCCGGGUCUUGUAGCGUAUUCCUGGCUUUUUCAGCCCAAACUUGAACUGCCCGAUCCCCCAGCUGGAGGAGAAGCCGACCUCGAGCGC